AUGGCCCCAGCAGAGCUAGCCGAGUUGAAGACACAGUUAGAAGACUUGAUGGACAAGGGAUUCAUUCGACCGAGUUCCUCACCAUGGGGAGCACCGGUGUUAUUUGUGAAGAAGAAAGACGGUAGCAUGAGGUUAUGCAUUGACUACCGCGGGAUCAACAACAUCACUAUCAAGGACAAGUAUCCCCUCCCGAGGAUAGAUGAGUUGUUAGAUCAGUUGCGAGGAGCAAGUUGGUUUUCCAAGAUCGACUUAGCCUCCGGAUAUCAUCAGAUCUCAAUCUUUGAGCCAGACGUAUUCAAGACGGCGUUCAACACGAGGUAUGGUCAAUACGAGUUUGUCGUCAUGCCAUUCGGAUUGACCAAUGCCCCGGCCGCAUUCAUGAGAUUGAUGAAUGAGGUGUUUCACGACUACCUGGAUGGAUUCGUGAUAGUCUUCAUCGACGACAUAUUGGUUUACUCCAAAACCAAGGAAGAGCACAAGGAGCAUCUGCGGAAGGUCUUGGAAAGACUAAGAAGUCAGAAGCUCUACGCCAAGUUCAGCAAGUGUCGGUUCUGGAAACGGGAGAUAGGUUUCCUAGGACACAGGGUUUCAGAACAAGGAGUUUCUGUCGACCCCGAGAAGAUAGCGGCUAUACAAGACUGGCCACAACCCACAAAUGCAACAGAAGUAAGGAGUUUUCUGGGAUUGGCCGGAUACUACCGCAAGUUUGUAAAGGACUUCUCAAUCAUGGCGAAGCCAUUGACAAGACUAACCGGGAAAGGAGUUCCAUUCGUCUGGAGUGAAGAAAUUGAGUGUGCAUUCGCCGAGCUAAAAGAAGCAUUGACGAAAGCACCCAUUCUUACUCUACCGGAACCUGGCAAGCCAUAUGUGGUGUAUACGGAUGCAUCACGGAUUGGGUUAGGAUGCGUUCUAAUGCAAGAGGAGAAGGUAAUAGCUUAUGCCUCAAGACAGCUAAGGAAGCAUGAAGAAAACUAUCCGACGCAUGACUUGGAGAUGGCGGCAGUUGUCUUCGCGCUGAAGAUAUGGAGAUCUUAUCUGUACGGGGAGAGUGUUCAGGUAUUAACAGAUCACCAAAGUCUUAAAUACUUGUUCACUCAAGCAGAUCUCAACCUGCGCCAGAGACGUUGGAUGGAGUUUAUUGCGGACUACGACGUGAAGAUUCAAUACCACCCUGGAAAGGCCAACGUGGUAGCUGAUGCUUUGAGCCGCAGAAGAGCAGAAGUGAGUGUGGAGAAGGAUCUAGAAACACUAGGUCGUGAACUGAAGCUAGUAAGUUUAUCAGCCUUGGAAGGAGAGUCCAGCGAGAGGUUGGGACUACAAGCGAUAAACCAAGCCAGCCUAGUGCAAAGGAUUCGAGAAGAACAGCAACGGGAUGAGAAAAUUCAGAAGAUCGCUACUCGGAUUAGAGAAGGAGAAGGCGAUAAUGAGGAGUAUCAUUUAGCAGAAGAUGGAACCGUUCUUCUCCAAGGAAGGAUCACUGUACCUGAAGGAGGAGAGUUACGAGAAGAAAUACUAAGGAUGGCGCAUCAUUCCAUACUUAGUAUUCAUCCCGGAAGCACGAAGAUGUACAAGGACAUACGGAGAUAUUAUCAUUGGCCUGGAAUAAAGAAAGCAGUGGCAAGAUAUGUCUCCCAAUGCCAGAGUUGUCAACAAAUCAAGGCGGAACACCAAGUACCAGGAGGGUUACUUCAAAGUCUGCCUAUACCAGAAUGGAAAUGGGAUUCCAUUGCUAUGGAUUUCAUCACAGGAUUGCCCAUAGCAAGAGGAAGGCAGAACAACACUAUAUGGGUUAUAGUGGAUCGACUAACUAAGGUAACUCGCUUGUUACCUGUUAGAGAUACUGAUAAGGUGGAGAUCUUAGCCGACCUAUACAUCAAGCAAAUAGUUAGGCUACAUGGAGUGCCAACGGACAUUGUAUCCGACCGCGACCCAAGGUUCACUGCAAUAUUCUGGAGAGCACUGCAAGGAGCCUUAGGAACGGAACUACACAUGAGCACUGCAUUUCAUCCCGAGACCGAUGGCCAGACAGAACGAACCAUCCGGACUUUGGAGGAUAUGCUUAGGUUGUGCAUAUUGGAUUGGGCUGGUAUGUGGGAGGAAUAUCUACCGUUUAUAGAAUUCUCCUACAACAACAGUUAUCAUUCCAGUAUCGGCAUGUCACCAUAUGAAGCACUAUAUGGUCUUUUGGAGCAUUCUGGAGCAUAUGGACAUGAGGAGCAUGGAGGGACUUGGCGCAUGGAAGCAGCUCAACUGGACACGCAAAGGAAGAAGGGAGAAGCCAUCUUGAAGACCAGCUCGACCGUCCACUCGACCAACCGGUCGAGUUCCUCAACUCGACCGGCCAAGCUUCAACUCGAUCGAGCUGGGGAGUCAAAGUCAAACCCGAAAAAUGUUGCUUCCCCCUUGACUUUCCUUUGA